AUGGUGGGGCACCUCCACUUACAAGCGAUGGAUGAAAGCCUCAAAGGAAAGAACCGGGAAGGGCUGCUCGACAGUCCCGAUUCGGGGCUUCCCCCCAGCCCCAGUCCGCCUUUCUGCUCCCUCUCCCCGGCUCUUGUCGAGUCGCGUUCCGGCAGCUGCUCGACGCCCGUGGAGAGCCAGCAAGCGUCCUGGAAGAAGGACGCCGGUCGGGAGGGCAAACUGCUGCCUUACCUGCUGCUCAACACAGGAGACCCCAGGACGCGUAUGUAUCCGGUCUUCUAUGGGGAGAGCAUUGAAGUUGACCCAAAACCUGAAAAAGAAGUCAAGUGCACUUCAGCUAUCCGCUACGAUUCGGACAAGCACUACCAAGACCGAGUGUACUGCGUCCCCGUGCCCACGCCGACCUCAUACAGCGAAACGGUGGUGGCGGUGCCCAACUGCACCUGGAGGAGCUACAAAAGCCAAGUGUAUCUGGAACCACGGCAAAAGCCCAUCGGCUAUCAGAGCACCACCAUCGUGUACCCCAAACACGCAAAGAACAUUUAUCGCACCACGCUAACCUACAAGCCCACCGUUGCACGCCGCUGGUUUGUGUCCAGAGUGCGGCUGGAGUCAGGUGAAGAUUCGAGUCCCUGCAUUAUCUACACAGAGGACUUAUAG